CCUCAAUAAGCACUUCUGGGUCAGUUUCGGCAAACUCGAAGAUGAAGCUGAUGGUACUGGAAGCUUUGUAGCAAGAAUUUAAGAAGAAUCUUUGGCUAAAGCUUGAAAUGCUGGUCUGGAGAAUUCAAGGGAUAUUUUACACGAGAUCUCAUGUCUGGAGAAAGUCGAAAGCGUCGGCAUGGAUCUGCAACAACGGGGAAAGAAUGUGUUGGGUUGGAUCCAUUAGAUGAAGAGCGCCGUUCUACUGUUGAGAACAAACUACCCUCUGUCCUGGCUUGCGUGACAGAUCCAAUCGAAGGAGAUUCGGGGCUCGACAAAUCUUCGUCCCUAUCGGACGACCUUCACGGUAAACAAGGAAGUAAAGAUAAUUUGAAGAAAGAGGCCACUGAACAUGAUGAGGCAGACAUCGUGGAUGUAAAAGCAUCUUCUUCCUCAAAAGUUGUAUCAGGUUUGUCCACGUUAGGAGAGGUCGCGGAUCCAUCACCCUCAAAUACCAACGUAACUGCACCUCAUACCUUAGUGCAAUCAAACGACUGUGUACGGACUGUAGCGGAAACAUCACCCAUGCCUGAUCUCUUUGCACAAGAUGACGAUGGAGAUACGUUCCUACAUAUUUCUGUGGUACAGGGUGACCAACCACUGAGUCAGUUUUUCAUUGAGAGAAUGAAGUCAAGAGGGGUUGAUAUUUUCAACAAGCUUAGACAAACACCGUUACAUCUUGCUGUGAUUACUCAUCAAAAAUAUCUUGUGGAAAAGCUGGUAGAGGGCGGAGCGGAUGUUAAUUUGAUGGACAGACACGGACAGACCGCCCUUCACUUGGCCUGUCAAAAUGGUGACAUCCAUUCUGUCCUUGCUAUUCGUGACGUCACACAUAGAUGCCACAUGCAAAUAAGACUGGAUCUGAAAAAUUUCCAAGGAUUUUCAGUGCUUCAUGUGGCGACUUUGAAUGGAAAUAAACAGCUUGUUGAAACAAUUCUUGACAUGGGAGCAGACAUUAACGAUCAGGAUUCCAACAGUGGUCGUACAGCUUUGCAUCACGCAGUGGAGGCUGGGAAAAAUCAUGUAGUAGAGUACUUGAUAACACGUGGUGCUGACGUCAACAAAGUUACGUUCGCUGGAAACACUCCGCUUCACACGGCUAGCGGUCGGGACAUGGAUCAGAUGGUGAAACUUCUUAUUCAACACGGUGCCAACGUAAACAUUGCUAACCUAGAGGGUGAUAUUCCGAAAGUGGGACAAACAAGUGAACAGGCGAAGAGACAUUUCCGAUCCAAAGAAAAACAAACCAAAAGGAGAAAAAAAUGAUCCUGACAAAUUAUCUGCACAAGAUCAAUCACUCUGACGGGAACUGAGAAACUUGGUUUGAGUUGACUGAAGUCGUGCUCAGGAGCCUGGGAAAUUUGAGUCUUAUGCGGUGUCGCUCAUAUUUUGUUGUGGGAAUGCGCCAACCGGAGUAAUUACUUGCAACUUGAGAUGCUUUGAACGUGGCCGUAAGCAUCAAGAUGGAGAUGACAGUUCCAAUUGAAAAGUUACAGUUCUAAACCAUUAACGUUGAAAAAAAACCGCUUUCUCGCAAUCGCUUCCUAUAUUCACCUUUUAUGUUCUUAUGUUCACUUCCUAGCUCUGGCUUUCUGCUAAAUAUCCACUGCUUUGCUAUUUUCACCAAAUUUGAGUGCAACAGCACUUUUUCCAAACAAUUAUCACUGAAAUUGGUCAAAUCGGCUUUGCAACUCUCGGACAUGAUUUGGACUUGUGACUUACAAACUAAAAUAGUUAUGUUUUUAUAAAUUCAUGGUGUUUUGUGGCCUUCAAUAGAUAAUUUAUUAAGCGGAUAUCACACACAAACAAGUAGUUUUUUUUAAUGAAAAGUUUAAGCGAAGAAGAUAAAGCAUUUCUCGAAAAUGAAUGAUUUCCCUAGUAAUAGACAACUGUUUACAUUUGGACAAAGUCUUAACCGCACGCAUCAUUUUAAUGCAACAUGUUGCAAUAUUAUUGCGUGAACGUGUUACAAACGUUUGGCCACCCUAAGCAACAUAUUGAAUGGUGUUGGAUCAAGUUUGAAAAUGGUCAAAUUUUGUUGCAACAUUUUUGGAUUCUGCAAGAUGAUGCGCGCCUUUGGCCAGCUCUCUCACAACAUCUCAAAUAUAAGAUGUUGCGUUUAAAGGUUGCGUUUAAAUGUUGCGUGUGUUCUUGGGCCAUAUGCAUUAGAUAAAGCUAGCAAUUUACCAUUAAUAAAGGAGUUGAUUUUA